AUGGAGGAAUCGACGGCAGCCGGCCCCGACUGGUCCAAGCUGCCAUUCGACAUCCUCACCACUGUCCUCGGCAGCCUGGAGUUCCCGGACCUGUUCAGCGCCGCCGAUGUAUGCGUUUCCUGGCGCUCCAUCUCUCGCGCCCUCCGCCGCCUUGGGAUCUACAGCCGCCCCCAAACCCCGUGCCUAUUCUACACCACCGCCGGCGGCGGCACCCGCGCCGCCGAGCUCCUCAGCCUCGCCGACAAGAAGGCCUACAGGGCGCGCCUCCCGGACCCUCCCAUCGGGGAGCGCAACAUCGUCGGCUCCUCGCACGGGUGGCUCGUCACCGCCGACGCCCGCUCCGAGCUCCACCUCCUCAACCCGGCCACGGGCGAGCAGGUCGCGCUCCCCUCUGUCGGCACCAUCGAGAAGGUAAGCCCUAUCUUCGACCCCGCCGGCAACCUCCAAAGGUACGAUCUUUCUUUCUACGACGAGGACCCGCUGCCCUACGCGGUGGACGAGCUCCGGGGAGUCCUAUAUCUCAAGGCGAUACUGUCCUGCGAUCCUUCCAUGGGGGACUGCACGGUCGUGGUGAUUCACAAUCCCUAUAGGGAUAUCUCCUUUGCGAGAAUCGGCGAUGAGAAGUGGCACUGGGUCCCUUCCUUGCCCCGUGAACCACCCGAGUACUCCGAUUGCAUAUUUGGCGACGAUGGUGCGCUCUACGCGAUGAACCGUCUAGGCGGGAUCCAUCGUUAUGCCAUCGAAGGCUCUUGUGCGGUGCCCGAAAUGAUCUUCAAAGACACCUCGCCAUUCAGUGCAUAUAAUGCUUACAUAGCAAAGACAUCAUCUGGUGAUGUGCUGCAAGUUUGGAGGAUAACCAAGAGCACAAGCGGUGAGCAAAAAGGGAUACAUACAACUCGUUUUGACAUAUACAAGGCUGACCUUGACAGCCAGCAGAUAGUUCAUGUGCCAACCUUGGGGGAUGAUGCAUUGUUUAUCGGCCACAACUGUACUUACUGCCUUUCCACAAAGGACUACCCAAGGCUGCUGCCAAACCAUGUCUAUUUUACCGAUGACGAUGAGUACUUGCUGAUGGAUGGACACGAGAUCCCUCGGGAUGUUGGAAUAUUUAAUUUGGAGGAUGAGUGUUCUUAUGAUAUAGUGUCUCCCCAACCUUGGUUGAAUUGGCCUAUCCCCAUAUGGAUCAUUCCAAGUUUUAAUAAGAUCCAGAAAUAGGUUUCCAGUAUAACUGGGAAGCAACUGCUCUUGCUUGUCAACUUCAGAACUAUUCUGACGCUCCUGCUAUGUGAAUGCCGAGCUUGGUCUGAGAAGAAGACAUAGCGGACAACUUGUAUGCAUGAUAAACCCGAGGAAUUAUUGCACCACUUAGCUGGCAAUUGUUGCUUGA